GAAGUCUGACAGGUCUCAUAGGCUUGGCUCAUCAAACUGUACCAUGGAUGCUGCUGUUGCCAAAAAACCAAAGCUAUGCAGAUUCUUCUUUCCUUUGGAAAAGCAAUUGAUGUUAUUUCCCAUUUUAAUUCUGCUGAUAAACCAGGCUUCUAAAAUGAACGCCGAGGACGGCGUUAUGGAGGAACUGGCAUCUGAGAAGGAGGCGGAAGAAAGUCAUCGACAGGACAGUGUGAAUUUAUUGACAUUCAUUUUACUGCUGACAUUAACAAUUCUUACCAUUUGGCUUUUCAAACACAGAAGAGUUCGUUUUCUCCAUGAGACCGGGUUGGCAAUGAUAUACGGACUGUUGGUAGGUGUGAUCCUGCGUUAUGGAAUCCCAGCCACCAGCUACCACAAAAAAACUCCUCCCAGCUGUUCUCUUGAGGAGGGGCCAGUCGGUACGCUCCUACUGAAUGUCAGUGGGAAGUUCUUUGAGUACACGCUGAAAGGAGAGAUCAACUCCAGGGAGAUACACAACGUGGAGCAGAAUGACAUGCUGCGUAAGGUUACCUUUGACCCUGAAGUAUUCUUCAAUAUACUGCUACCUCCAAUCAUUUUCCAUGCUGGAUAUAGUCUCAAAAAGAGACACUUCUUCAGGAACCUGGGCUCCAUCAUAACCUAUGCCUUCCUAGGAACAGCUAUCUCAUGCUUCGUCAUUGGAAACCUGAUGUAUGGAGUGGUGAAGCUGAUGCAGUUCAUAGGGCAGCUGACUAACAAGUUCUACUACACAGACUGUCUUUUCUUUGGAGCCAUCGUCUCUGCCACUGACCCAGUGACGGUGCUGGCCAUCUUCAAUGAGCUCCAUGCAGACGUGGAUCUUUAUGCCCUGCUGUUUGGAGAGAGUGUCAUUAAUGACGCAGUGGCCAUCGUCCUCUCCUCGUCUAUUGUAGCCUAUCAGCCGGCUGGAGCCAGUACACACGCCUUCGAUGCCACAGCCUUCUUCAAGUCAGUGGGGGUUUUCCUGGGCAUCUUCAGUGGAUCCUUCGCCAUGGGAGCCAUCACUGGAGUGGUCACUGCCCUCGUGACCAAGUUCACCAAGCUGCACUGUUUCCCUCUGCUGGAGACUGCCCUCUUCUUCCUCAUGUCCUGGAGCACCUUCCUAUUGGCCGAGGCCUGCGGGUUCACAGGUGUCGUGGCGGUGCUAUUCUGUGGGAUCACUCAGGCCCACUACACAUACAACAACCUGUCUGAGGAGUCCACCAAGCGCACCAAGCAGCUGUUUGAGGUCCUUCACUUCCUAGCAGAGAACUUCAUCUUCUCCUACAUGGGCCUGGCUCUGUUCACCUUCCAGAACCAUGUAUUCAGCCCCAUCUUCAUCGCCGGGGCCUUCCUGGCCAUCUUCAUAGGCCGUGCCUCCAACAUCUACCCCCUCUCCUUCCUGCUCAACCUGGGACGCAGACACAAGAUCAGGGGCAACUUACAGCACAUGAUGAUGUUUGCAGGCCUGCGGGGGGCAAUGGCGUUUGCCCUGGCAAUCCGGGACACAGCUACCUACGCCCGUCAGAUGACGUUCACCACCACCCUCCUCAUCGUCUUCUUCACCGUCUGGGUGUUUGGAGGAGGGACCACCCCCAUGUUGUCAUGGCUACACAUAAGGGUCGGAGUGGAUCCAGAUCAAGACCUGCAACAAUGUGGAGAUAACUUCCUGCUCUUUCAAGGGGACGGGACCAUGCCAGAAGUCAGUAAAACCAAGCAGGAGAGCGCCUGGCUCUUCAGGCUGUGGUACACCUUCGAUCACAACUACCUGAAGCCCAUGUUGACUCACAGUGGUCCUCCUCUCACCACGACCCUGCCAUCCUGCUGUGGUCCCCUGGCACGAUGCUUCACCAGCCCUCAGGCCUACGAGAACCAUGAGCAGCUGAGAGACGACGACUCCGACCUGAUCCUGAAUGACGGCGACUUGGCGCUGACCUACGACGACACGGCCAUCACGGCUAAAGGAGCAUCCAGUGGAGGGGCGGGGGGCUGGGGGGUCAACGGGAAGAGGAGCAGCAGCACAUCUGAAGAGGCACUAGAGAGAGAGAUGGAACAGGAAUUCCUGUCCCGCAGCACACGCCUCGUCUUUCCCAUCGAAGACCACGCCUGACCCCUACACCAUGACCCCAUGAACCCUCGCCCUCCAGCCCACACACACACCAGACUAUGGGAGGGGAGGAGAAUAGGAGAGCGAGGGUUGGAGGAAAGCUUUUGGUUUAAAACAGGGCUGAUAUUAAAUGUCAUUACUUCCUG